AAGACGCAAUGAAUAGGGCAAUUUCGCAACAGCAGUAUAACCGGAGAGCUCACUAAUACCGCAAGGGAUAUUACUCUGCGACCACAUUUGUUUAUGAAGCACUGCUGAAAUCCUCUGGAUUACACUGAGAAAUGGCUGAUAAGGAGUUGAGAAAGGUGCGGGGCGUCUUCGUGGAGGGAGUGACCAAAGCCGUGAUCCAGCAGCUGGUUGACGAUCUUCAGGGGUGUGAAAUCCUGAACGAUGGGGAGGUGGAGUCAGUGCAUGAGGAGUGCAGGAUGACAACGGAAAAAGCCCGGUGUGUCAUCGACAUGGUGGUGAAGAAGGGCAGAGUGCCCAGUGAGAAAUUUAUAGGUCUGUUGAAGGAGCGGGAUGCCAACCUCUAUGCCAAGCUUGAUCUGGACUCUAAGGUGCCACCCAAGCCCAUGUCUGUGCCCCCGCCUCCCCCAGUCCCGGUGCCAAUACCUGAGGUGCGGAGAGAUGACGAUCGGCCACCGUCUUCUGUUCUGCUUUCCUCCUCGGUGGACUUCAAGAGGGAAAUAAUGGAGAAGGCAAAAUCAAUCUACCCCCCCAUGGAGAAAGCGGGCCGUAAACGUUUGGCUCUGCUCAUCAACAACAUCGAGUUUGACCGGGCCGAUAUGCUGCGGAGAGGAGCAGAUAUGGAUGGAGAAUGUAUGGAGGCUCUACUGAAAAACUUGGACUACAAUGUGGUGCAUUUAAAGAACAAGUCUGCUGAGGACAUGGACAUGGCAGUAAAAGCGUUCGCUCAGCGUGAGGAGCACCGUCUGUCGGACAGCACCUUCGUGGUAUUCAUGUCUCAUGGCAAGCGAGAUGGCAUUUUUGGAAUCCACCACGAGGGUAAAGAUAAACCAGAUGUUUUCAACAUCGACAACAUCUAUAAUCACCUCAACACAAAGAGCUGCACAGGACUGCGCAAUAAGCCCAAAAUAAUCCUCAUCCAGGCCUGCAGGGGGGCCGAGGAAGGCUCAACCUGGGUCUGUGACAAUGUUCAUGAAGAGCCUGAAGCCUUGGAGGACGACAGCAUCAAGGAGGACCACAAGGAAAAAGACUUCAUCAGUCUCCUGUCCUGCACACCAGACACCAAGUCCUACAGACACGUUAAAGAAGGUACAGUUUUCAUCAAGUAUAUUGUGGAGAUCUUCAACACAUAUGCUUGUGAAGACCACAUUGAAGAGCUUUUCAUGAAGGUUAUGAACAGAUUUGAAAAUUUCCCAAAGCAGAUGCCAUCCAAAGACAGAACCAGUUUGACCAAACAUUUUUACCUUUUCCCUGGGCUCUGAGACACCUCCUCCAUUUUCUGAAAGAUAAUAUGCAAGAUAAUAGAAUUUUUUCAUCAUACUUCCAAGUUAACAAUGUAUUUGAAUAUAAAACAUCAGGGCUCAAUGUAUUUGUACACUUUUUAUGUUUCAUACAUGAGUUAUGAUUGAAUAUGCAAAAAUUUGAAUUAAAUCUAGUUUCAUUUAA